GUGUGUGUGUGUGUGUGUGUGUGUGUGUGUGUGUGUGUGUGUGUGAGUGUGUUUGCAUGCACUUACACACUUGCCCAGUGAGUCAGCUCACUAUUGCCAGGCGAAAGAGAAGAGAGGAUCGGUUCGGUCCAAAGAGGAGAUCUAUUCUACACCGGGAAGGUAGAUGUGGUGAUUUACGGUAGCAAGUGUUCUCAGCAAGCUUGUUGACGCAUAAUCCCGCCCGCCCCGCUGGCACUAGGAGGGGGCAGAGCCAUCCAACCUUUAAGUCAAACCCUGGAGAAGAUCUUGGAGCGCACGGCUGCACCUUCACCAGACAUUUAUUUGCUGUUGCACGGAUUCUACUCGCGAACUAUAUUUCAUCAGAUCCAAUAGUUUAUUUAUUUUUUUGGCACAUCAUCACCAAGGCUAUUUGAUCGCCGACGUUACGCCGCAGAUCUGGAGCCAUGACAGGCGCCCCGCUGGUUCCACAGCCCGCCUGCUGACGGUACCUGGGCAGGAUGGGAGAGAGGUCUGCCGCUGUCAGGAUCCCGAAGCAGCCGAUUUAUCAAUGGAGGAGGAGAGCGACACCCGGAAAAUUAACAGCAGCUUCCUUCGCGACCACAACUAUGCAACCGAAGCUGACAUUAUCUCAACGGUGGAGUUUAACUCAUCGGGGGAGCUGUUGGCCACCGGAGAUAAAGGAGGAAGAGUGGUUGUCUUCCAGAGAGAGCAGGAGAGUAAGAGCCAGCCCCAGCGUCGAGGGGAGUACAACGUCUACAGCACAUUCCAGAGCCACGAGCCGGAGUUUGACUAUCUGAAGAGUUUGGAGAUAGAGGAGAAGAUCAACAAGAUCAAAUGGCUUCCCCAGCAGAACGCAGCCUACUUCUUGCUCUCCACCAACGACAAGACGGUGAAGCUGUGGAAGAUCAGCGAGCGAGACAAACGCCCAGAGGGCUACAACCUGAAGGAUGAGGACGGACGCAUCAGAGACCCUUCGACCAUCACUUCGCUACGAGUGCCGGUGCUGCAACCGAUGGAUCUGAUGGUCGAAGCCACAGCCAGACGGGUGUUCAGCAACGCCCACACCUACCACAUCAACUCCAUCUCUGUGAACUCUGACCUCCAGACUUUCAUCUCCACCGAUGACCUCAGGGUGAACCUAUGGAAUCUGGAGAUCACCGACCGCAGCUUCAACAUCGUGGACAUAAAACCAUCCAACAUGGAGGAGCUGACAGAAGUGAUCACCUCGGCAGAGUUUCAUCCGGAGCAGUGUCACACUUUUGCAUACAGCAGCAGCAAGGGCUCAAUCAGACUGUGUGACAUGAGGCAGGCGGCUCUCUGCGACAAGCACUGCAAAUACUUUGAGGAGCCGGAGGACCCCGCCACGCGCUCCUUUUUCUCCGAAAUCAUCUCAUCCAUCUCCGACGUGAAGUUCAGCCACAACGGCCGCUACUUGAUGACAAGGGACUACCUCACUGUGAAGGUGUGGGACUUGCAGAUGGAGAACAAACCACUGGAGACCUACCAGGUUCACGACUACUUACGGGGAAAACUUUGCUCACUGUAUGAGAACGACUGCAUCUUUGACAAGUUUGAGUGUGUCUGGAAUGGAUCGGACAGUGUCAUCAUGACCGGCUCCUACAACAACUUCUUCCGAAUGUUUGACCGCAACACCAAACGAGACGUGACGUUAGAAGCAUCGAGGGAGAACAGCAAGCCUCGAGCCAUUCUGAAGCCUCGCAAGGUGUGCGUGGGCGGGAAACGCCGAAAGGAUGAGAUCAGCGUGGACAGCUUAGACUUCAGCAAGAAGAUCCUUCACACCACGUGGCAUCCGCACGAGAACAUCAUCGCUGUCGCAGCCACCAACAACCUUUACAUCUUCCAGGACAAAGUCAACUAAAGUACGCUGUCCCCGCUUCAACCCUGACCCCUACAAGUGCGGGGGCAUCGGUGUGUGUGUUGGUGUGUGUGUGUGUGUGUGUGUGUGUGUGUGUGUGUGUGUGUGUGUGUGUGUGUGUGUGUGUGUGUGGACUGGGGGGUUAUCAAGCAAAGAAAGGACAUCCUCCACCUCCUUCGGGCCUUGCUGCUGCUCACAUGAUUUGCACUGAGGAUGUGCAGAGUUUCCUGCAAGUGGACGUCCAGUUUUGGAAUCAAUGGUGAACUGUUUAAUUUAUUAAUCCAUGCACACACACGGACAGAAGGGAAUGACAGCUGCAUGAGCAACAAGAUGUAGCAGCUCUCUGGACCCUGGGGAUGAAAAAAAAAACAAAAAAAAACGGAGGCCAGAAACUAAACUCUUCUUCAGUCUGCUGCAAGAAAAGGCAUCCUUUUUUUGGACAGCGCCACCUGCUGUCCAUGUCUUUUUCUGCCUGCGGUCAGUCUGUCUUGUACCAAUUGUCUCGUCCCAUGAGGACGACUGUAGUCUGUUAUGUGAAUGAGGCAAUUUUUAUUUGUUUGUUUGUUUAGCUGCUGUGGUGCCUUCUUUUGGUAUGUGGGGGUUCAAUGUCAGAAAGGUCCGGGGUGGGCGGGAUCGAGGCGGAAGUGUGAAUGUUUUCUUGUUUACCUUUUUUGUCUAUUAUAAACAAAAAGUGGUUUCCUGGUGAAACAAUGCUUGAGACAACCCUGAUGUGCAGUGCAGGCAAUAAGAAGUCAGCACAUACAGUAUUACAGCCAUGCCCUGCUAUACUUUGUUCUAAAAAAAAACAACAUUGAAAAAGUCCAUUAUAAUUCUAACAUGUUGCAUGAAAAGGAUGUCAUCCUGAAGAAAUGUUGAUAUUUUUCCUUCUACACACCAAAUGAGGCACAAGUAUGGUUGUGUUUUACCUCACAUUGUCUGCAUCUUGUUGCAGGAGUGUGGUAACAUUUUCAAAAGCACCUGUUAAGAGGUAAGCACUAAAAAAUAAAAAAUAAAUAAAAAAUUCAUGAAAUCAGGGAAUUAAUACUGUACAUGUCAAGCGUUGUCUUCUAAACAGCUUUCCUUUGUGACUCUUCUAAUUGAAACAAAAAAAAAACAUUUUAUAGCUCAGAAUGUAAUAAGAAUGCAGUCUUUAUGCUUACUGGAUUUUUUGAUUUGAUUAAAAAAACUAAUAAAAAUGUGCAAGUUGGAAGAAAAAAAAAGCUCCUUUGUGAUGCUGCUUGUGUGUCAGUCUGGCAGUAUGUAGUGUGAGGGCGCCACCAAGUGGACACAAACCAGAAUGGGUACAACUAUACACUACUUCUGUAUUGUAAUUACAGAGAUAUUAAUAUUGGUCAAUUGUACCUCAUAGUUUUAUGUCAAUCUACUGUUUGAUACUUCAACACAAAACAAAAUAAUCCAGUAUCAUAUUUUUACUAAAUGUCCUGUUCAGCAUAUUUAUUUACAUAUUUACUUCAUUCAGUCAGAUUUCAAAAUAUAAUACUGGUUUAUGACAGUGGUAUAGUACUUUAGACUCAAAUGCUGUAAUAAUACAAAUAAUUUUGAUAAAUCGGGUAUUUUUAAGUAAGCAACUCACACAAAAACAACAAAUGGGAUAUUUUUUUUAUAUAUAUUUUUUUGGAUUUAAUUUGACUUGUUCAUCUCUUAACAUUGAUAAUCAAAUUUUCGAUUUUUAAGUAGGUUUUUGCUGCACGUCACUGGCUGAAACUUUUAUUAGUAGAUUGCACAGUGAAGUACAUAUUCCGUACAAUUGACCACUAAAUGGUAACACCCGGUUAGUCGGGGUCCACGUUAAUCAAUCCAUCAUAUUGCAGUCUACACGUAUCUCUUAUGUAUGACUGCCAUCUACUGUUCGCACUUAUCAUUUACACUUAUCAUUACACCAUGUACCAAAUAAAAUUGCUUCGAGGUCAGUAAGCACAACCAGAAUUAUGCCGUACAUUAGGCGCACCAAGUUAUUAGGCGCACUGUCGAUUUUUUAAAGGGGAACAUUAUCACCAGACCUAUGUAAGCAUCAAUAUAUACCUUGAUGUUGCAGAAAAAAGACCAUAUAUUUUUUUAACCGAUUUCCGAACUCUAAAUGGGUGAAUUUUGGCGAAUUAAACGCCUUUCUAUUAUUCGCUCUCGGAGCGAU